GGCCUUGACAGGGGAACACGCUGCUCAAGGAUGGCUGAUGGGACCCGCUGCAGCUGAGCCCUGGCCCUCGCGCAAGCCCCCCUGGCACUCCCUGGCCUAUUUAGCCCAACGCCCCUGCUCUCCUCUGGACAAGAAGUGGACGGGAGUGAAAGGUAAGUGGAACUUGGUCUUUGGCAGCCUGAACUGAGGCUUGAGGGCUUCCUGGGAGAGGAAGUGACAUGAGGCUUUCAGAGCAUGCUUUUUCGCUGUGAAGGGGGAAAACAGUGGCCUCGUAGCCCUCCGUUUACAUUUCUGGCUGGAAUAUCUCACUGGCUUUUCACCUCAGUGACCUCUCUGGGUGGCAGGAGGGGACUUGGGGACAGUAAGCAUUGCCAAAGCUGAAGGCCAAGCAGCCAGUCCCUCCUGUGCCAGGCUGCUGAGCCCACUGAGGCAACACAAGGAGAAUGCCAUGGAACCUGGGCUUAACAUGACCUGGACCGCAGCGGUGAGGGUGUGGGGGAAGAGGGCCAAAGUCUAAAGAGGCCCUUGACUGGGGCAUUGCUUUUUUCCAGACACCAUCAUGUUCCCAUUUGCUCGUUUACUGCCCCUCCAAGUCCAGUGGGGACACAGUAGGUGCAGGAAUAUUUCUGGCCCUUUUCCCCAGCCCGGGAAGAUGGUAGGCCUCUGAGCUCUACUUCUUAAAGCCACAUGUAGGAGGCAAGACAUUUUCUGCCUCACUCCCAUUCAUUCCUCCAAACGUUUAACCUUCAACAAACAUUGACUGAAACAGCUACUGUGUGCGGACAUUGUGCUAGGUGUUGGGGAUCCAGAUACGGAUCAAACAUAUCUUUGAGCUUAAGGAGCCCAAAGACAAGUAAACAGACAAUUACAAAACAGGGUGAUAAGAGUAAUGAUAACAUGGCCGAGCCCGAGAGGAGGGGCAUCUGGCCUGGCCUGGGCUCAGGGGCCUUGGGAAAGGCUUCCUGGAGCAGAUGGCACUUGAGCCAGGCCUUGGGGAGCCCUCUUUUAUUAUCUCAGGGGGCCAUGUUUCAGUCCCUUCCUCCAUGGACUGACCUCUCUCCUCUUUGUCCUAGAGGAGCUUGUCACUGGAGGCCCUGGCUGUCCUCCACAAAUGACCCUCCAAGGCAGGCGGCUGGUGGGGCAACAGCUGCGGAGGUCACCAAGGCUGACUCCGAGUUCCAUCACCCUGUCAGGCUCUUCUGGCCUAAAUCCCGCUCCUUUGACUACUUGUACAGUGACGGGGAGAUCUUACUGCAGAACUUCCCUGUCCAGGCCACCAUCAACCUGUAUGAGGACUCAGACAGCGAAGACGAGGAGGAAGAAGAAGAGGAGGAAGAGGAGGCAGAUGAAAAGGGGCCAGAAGAGUGUGCCAGGGUACCUGGGUCCACACCACACAAGGCCACAGCUCAUCCCCCUUCCCUGCCCCUGCCCUGUCCGAACUGAGGCAGCAGUACGCCUGGCAGGUUUCCAUGGGCAUCGAUCAGCCAGGAGUCUCCGGGAACAGCUUUCUGGAUGAAAAAUUGGGUCCUCAAGCUGCCCAGCUCACCCUGACUGGCCUGUGAGCCCAGGCCUCUGGCAUCUCAUUGUCUGGGCUGCUGUUGUGUUGACAGCGGGAGGGUCCUAGGAGCUCUAGAAGGGGGAAGACCUGGUUUCUGAAGCCCCCAGGAAGCAGAGCAGGACAGGGCAUGCCCUCGCAGGGGGAAGCAGUCACCCCUUCGGGCCUUUGGGCUCUGCAGCCUUCCCAGGUGGCCGUGUGGUCCCGUCUCCCCAUGUAAUGCCCGACCUCUGGCUUCGCCUCCAGAAACACCAAUACCAGAGCCAAGAAAAGCCGGGGUGCCUUUCUCAUGGGUCUAGCAGGAAGGGAAGGGGCCAUCUGCAGAAUCAGGCCACUCUGGGGGCCCGCCCCCUGUUUCACCUACUGUCCACUGUAGUCUGUGUGUUGGCGUAAGAUGAAUCAGAGGAAAAAUAAACUGGA